CCAUCUUUUUAUUCAGCUGUUCUUGCUUCAUUGAGAUCUGUGUCCAGUGUUAAAUCUGUUCCUUCGGCUGAUCAAUUUCACUCAAAAAACAGAAAAAUGUCUGGCGCCGCUUCCGGACCCGUGGGACGUCCCAUGAAGUACCCUUACACCUUCACCGCUAAGAUCGCCCAGUUCCCUUUGAAGUGGCACAUUAACAACCAGUGGAUCUGGAAGUACUGGGCUAUCGGAUUGGCAAUUAGCGCUCCUAUUUUCUACAAGAUCCAAAAGGCAUCCAACUCACCCGCCAACAAAGCAAAGUGGGCAGAGUCACAGAAGAAGUCUGGACACUAAAAGGGGGUGUCUUGCUUGUAUGAAAUAUUCGUGUACAUUUGCUGAAGACCGUGGGAAAGUGGUAGAAACAAAAUGAAAAAUAAAUGUUAAACUCUAGUUAUA